AUGGCAUUUUAUUCGAACCUUUCAAGAAUACUCCGCUCGAGCAAAUUUCGGCAAAAUAGACGAGAAAAUUGGCAUAGAAGAAAUUGCAAGUACACGGCACCGAUUCGAUUUUAUCGCACGUUGGCGAGACGUAUCAACUUCGAGGGUUCGAAACGAGUCGUUCAGGCUAUUCUUAUUCUUUCUUACGAGCCUAAGCAUCAAGCAGAAACGCAUACGAGUAAAUCGUUGAUAACCGACCCGGAACACGAAGGUUUCUUCGGUGCAACCCAGAAUGCUAUUUUAAUUCUGGCAAGAAUGUUCGUUAUAGGAUCUAUCGUUACCGGAUUGGCUAUCGCGUAUUUGAUCACGCGUUUCACGCGCGGACAUGUCUUCCCUACGAUACUUCGGAAAAGUAUCGAACUACUCGGUCCGAUAUUUAUAAAGUUCGGUCAAUGGGCGUCCACUCGGAAAGACUUGUUCCCCGAGGAUAUUUGCUGUACGCUUUCGCAAUUGCAACGUACCGUCUCCCCGCAUUCCUGGACCUACACGAAACAAUUGCUCAAGUCUAGCUACGGUUCUAAUUGGAGGAACAUAUUUGUGAAAUUCGAGGACAAAAUACCGAUCGGAUCAGGAUGUUGCGCUCAGGUGUACAAGGCUUGGGUGGAUCUGAACGCUCGGGUCGAAGUAACACGAAAGUCUCGAAUACCUACGUUCGUGCAAAUUAUCGAAUACCUGAAUCUCGAAUGGAUGAUCACUUUCGUUGGUAAGUACGACGACGAUGAAAUUCAACAGGAUACCACGCACAAUAGGAAGUUGCAACCGGUAGCGAUAAAAGUUCUGCAUCCUGGAAUUAAAGGCCAACUGAGACGAGAUCUCACCAUUAUGAAGGGAAUUUGCAAAUGCGCGACGUACAUCGUUCCACAAUUGCAUUGGCUCAGUCUUCCCGAUUGCAUCGACGAAUUCUCGCAGAUAAUGGAGAAUCAAGUCGACAUGCAUCUGGAAGCGGCUAAUCUGAUGAAAUUCUCGAAAAAUUUCUCCGGAAAACGGGACGUAGUUUUCCCACUUCCUUACACGAAUUUCACGCAGCGUGAGAUACUCGUGGAAAGUUUUCACGAGGGCACGCCUAUUUCUGAUUAUCUGGAAUACAACGAUACCAAGUUUCAAGGGAAAUUAGCUAAACUAGGGAUCAGAACGAUCUUGAAAAUGGUGGGCGAUCGUUCAAUUUAAUAUUCGAUCGAUUUUUUAUCGAGUUCGUUGGCCGUAAAUGUUAAGAAUUAUCGGGAACGACCGGUCGGUUGUGAAUUACAGGUAUUUAGAGAUAAUUUCAUUCAUUGCGACUUACAUCCUGGUAACAUCUUAGUUGAAACAAAUAUCGAGCCAAGCGGAAGAAUCUGGGCCUGGCUUUGGAGAUUUAUCGAUCCUGAUUACUUGCCAAGAUAUCCGCGAUUGGUCAUACUCGAUUGCGGUUUGGUAGUAUCGCUGAACGAUCGCUGUAAACAAAACCUUAGGGACGUUUUUCGUUCGGUAUUGAUGGGUAACGGUGAACUGGCGGCGGAGUACAUUCUGGAUCAUAGCUCGCAAGCGUCUCUAGAUCCAGAGGGUUUCAAGAGCUCGAUGCGCGAUAUUGUCGACUCUCAUCUAGAAAGCAACGUCAAUGUAAUUUUCCAAACGUUUGUGAGCGUGAGCACGGUCGUGACCGAAUUAUUUUCCGCGAUGGUUCGGCACCGAGUCAAGCAAGACGGAUCCUUCAGCAGCGUGAUUCUGAGCAUGGUGGUGAUCGAGGGCCUCGGACGUAGCCUCGAUCCGAAUAUCGACAUAUUCACGGAAGUUUUGCCGUUCAUUUUUACUAGCCCGCUGUACGACGGUUGA